CCCAGCUCACUGCUCUCUCCUCUCCAACUCCAAUCAUCCUAGCUCGCAAGCUACGAGGGGAGGCUCUCAUUUGUGCAGAUCUGGAUAGCAAAAUCUGGAAGCAAUCAAUGGAUCAAUUAGCCAAGCGCAGAGGCAUCCCAGCUUGGGCGGCGGCGUACACCAGCGAUCCGUCCUCGUCCUCGUGGGAGGAGCAGGCCUUCGCACGCGAUGCCGCGGCCGACCUGCUGGUGUGGCCGCCGCGCUCCUACUCCUGCACCUUCUGCCGCCGCGAGUUCCGCUCGGCCCAGGCGCUCGGCGGCCACAUGAAUGUGCACCGCCGAGACAGGGCACGUCUCCGUCAUGGCGACGACGACCAACCCCAACAAGAACAAGCUGAUGAACCGCACCAGGACGACUCUACCAGUGCCAUGUGCAAGCAGCUAGAGCUAUUCCGUAACCCUAGUACCACCACUCCUUCUUCCCACCUAUCAACCAUCAUCAAGGAGAGGAAUAACAACAGGGUCGUCGUCUCCAUAGCAGUGAGAGAUCAAGAAGCUCCAGAUCACCAGUACGAUGACAGACAGGAUUUGGAAUUGUCGGGGAGGAGGAAGAGGAGGCGUGUAGAUCAGGCGCCGGUGGCGCUUGCCUCGCCAUAUGAACAAGGAGCCUUCCUUGAUCAUUCCAAGGUAAUUAUGAAAACAAUUGCAAACCCUAGUAGUUCUAGUCUUAAUCCCCAUUUGGAUCAAGGAGAAGUAGAUCUGUUCCUCAAGAAACAAGGACUGGUAGAUCUAGAGCUUAGGCUUGGGACUAAUCCAAAUGUUGCAUCACACGCAACUUAGUUUCUCGAAUGCAAAAAUUGAAAUCGAUGAAUUCUUUUCCACUCUUGUGCUUGAUGCAACUUUGUUUCUAGCUCGUUAAAUUUGCU